UUUUUUUUAUCUGUGUUGUCUCUACUUCUAUGAAUUGACAGUGAUUUCUGUGUUUACGUUUAUUCAGAUUUUCAGUGUUUUUGAUAAAUAAAUAAAGAAUUAUUAUGGGUGAUUUUAGUCUUAAAAUUGAAGGAAAGAUUGGCGUUGAUGAUGUAAAGUUAGAAGAAAAAUUAGGAGUCAUUGACGUUUCUGAACAAUUUAUAGAUGAAAAAGGAGUUCAUGAAAGGGAAGAAUAUGUUUUCAAGAAAGAAGAAAGUUGCUCUAACAACCCAGUUACAGAAGACGAUUCUUUCAGUUUUGAAGAUCACAGGGAAAAUUCCAUAAAUUCUGAUCAUUUGGAUAUUGAGAAUCACAGCUGUGAAUAUGCAUCAGGGGAAAAAUGUGAACUUGAUGCACAAUCGAAAUCUGUUAAUUCGAAAAUUAAGUAUCACAAGUGUAAUUUAUGUGACUUUUUCUCAAGAAGAAAAGGUAAUCUUCAAAGUCAUAUCAACUCUAUUCAUUUGAAUAUAAAGAAUCACAAAUGCCACAUGUGUGAAUAUGGAGCGAGUGUGAAACGUAAACUUGAUACACAUGUCAAGUCUGUUCAUUUGAAAAUUAAGGAUCAAAAAUGUCAUCUAUGUGACUUUGCCACGUUUCGAAAAAGCACACUUCAGGCUCAUAUCAAAUCUAUUCAUUUGAAAUUGAGGAAUUACAAAUGCCACAUGUGUGAAUAUGCAGCGAGCGAUAAACGUACCCUUGAUGUACAUCUAAAAUCUGUUCAUUUGGAUAUUAAGGAUCAAAAGUGUCACUUAUGUGACUUUGUCACAAGUAGAAAGAGCAAACUUCAACGUCAUAUCAAGUCUAUUCAUCUGAAGAUAAAAAAUCACAAAUGCCACAUGUGCGAAUAUGCUGCAAGUGAAAAACAAAAACUUGAUUUACACGUGAAAACUGUUCAUUUGAAAAUUAAGGAUCACAUGUGUCACCUAUGUGACUAUGCCACAAAUGAAAAACACAAAAUUCAAGAUCAUAUCAAUUCUUUUCAUUUGAACAUAAAGGACCACAAAUGUGAAAUGUGUGAAUAUGCCGCGAGUGAGAAACGUAAACUGGAUGCACAUGUGAAAUCUAUCCAUUUGAAAAUUAAGAAUCACAAGUGUGACUUAUGUGAUUUUGCCACAACGGGAAAAGGCACACUUCGAGUACAUAUAAACUCCGUUCAUUUGAAAAUUAAGGAUCACAAGUGUCACAUGUGUGAUUAUGCUGCGAGUACAAAAUAUUCACUUCAAAUGCAUGUAAAAACUGUUCAUUUGAAUAUCAAGGACCACAAGUGUAAUUUUUGUGAUUACGCCACUAGUACGAAAGAAUACCUUAACAAUCAUGUUAAUUUCGUUCAUUUGAAUAUCAAAAAGUUUAAAUGUGAUCUGUGUGAUUAUGCUGCAAAUCUCAAAGUGGUACUUGAUCAGCACGUCAAAACUGUACAUUUGAAAAUUAAGGAUCGCAAGUGUCACUUGUGUGACUAUGCUGCGAGUACUAAAAGUAGGCUUGAGAUACAUGUGAACAGUGUUCAUUUGAAUAUCAAGAAGCACAAGUGCGACUUGUGUGAUUAUGCCGCGAAUGAUAAACAUAUAAUCGAACAACAUGUGAAAUCCGUUCAUUUGAAUAUUAAGGAGCAGUGCCAUUUAUGCGAGUACGCUGCAGGUAGCAAGCAUACUCUCCAGAGGCAUAUCAACUCUGUUCAUUUGAAAAUUAAGGAUCACAAAUGCCACUUGUGUGAAUAUGCAGCGAGUGAGAAACGUAAACUGGAUAUACACAUAAAAACAGUACAUUUGAAAAUCAAGGAAUACAAAUGUGAGCUGUGUGAGUACGUUGCAAGUAGAAAAGACACCCUUCAGAAUCACAUCAAGAGUAUUCAUUCGAGAACGGAGAAUCUUGAGUGCUCAAUGUGCGAAUAUGCAUCUAGUGACAAACAUCAACUUGAGCAACAUAUAAAAUCUGUCCAUUGGAAAAUUAAAGAACAGUGCCAUUUAUGCGAGUACGCUGCAGGUAACAAACACACUCUCCAGAGGCAUAUCAACACUGUUCAUCUGAAGAUACGGAAUCACAGUUGCACCAUGUGUGAAUAUGCUGCGAGUGAGAAAGGCAAACUCGAUAUACACAUAAAAACGGUACAUUUGAAAAUCAAAGAAUACAAAUGUGACCUGUGCGAGUAUGUUGCAAGUAGAAAAAGCACAAUUCAAAAUCAUAGCCAGACUGUUCAUUUGACAGCAAAGAGUCACGAGUGCUCAUUUUGCGAGUACGUAUCGAGUGAGAAAGAUCAACUUGAGCAACAUGUAAAAUCUGUUCAUUUGGAAGUUAAGGUACCCAAGUGUCAUCUAUGUGAUUUUGUAGCAAGUGCAGAAAAUGACCUUCAAAACCAUGUAGACUCUGUUCAUUGAUAGUGAAUUGGUAUCCUUCCUUCUACAUUUUCAAUUGCCUUAUUUAUGUCCAUCUCCACCCAAGUAAAUAUAAAAGAUGUUCUGAUUUUCAUAAGUAGGCAACACGGCAUACACAUAUUAUAGCCUUUCGGGGACAUCAAGGAGCCUAGUACGAGUCUUCACCAAAUUAAAUGGGUAUCACGCUAUACAACCAUCUGCCCUGUAAAUUUAAAUCUAUGUAUGGAGGUUUUUUCGAGAGAGAAGUCAAGUCCUUAUCACUCAAUAGUUGUGAGAUAAUUAUUUUAAAAUAUUCAGUUGUAUAUCAAUUGUUUUCCUUUUUUAAGGGACUUUGUAAAUGUAAAGGAUUAAUAAACUGAAGU